CGGCGGCGGCGGCAGCGGCGGCGGCGGCGGCGGCGGCAGCUGCAAGUUGGGCUGCAGGGGCAGCGCAUACACUACAAUGGCUGCUGGAAAGAGGCGUAAGGAAACAAUUUCCAGGCCCGCCGCGUCCAGCCCGAAAUAUGAGAAAAAAAUUAUUAGAAAUUCCGCGGGCGGUGUAAAGGCGGCGGACGGGCCGGAGGGAGGAUGUUAAAGCCCCGCGAUUGGCCACAAUGGGAAGGACCGGAUUCCGCUCUCUUCCACGAAGAGUCAAUGGGACUGGCUAAGAUCAAGGUGUGAGGCUUUUCCAUCUGUCAUCAGUCCCCUUUUGCUUUCUUUUACGACCACAUGAAACUUGAGAAGCCACCUAAAGCUAAAUCACUUAGUGGAGUUGGGCAGUUCCCAAGUGUCCAACAAGAAGGCCUGGUUUAGGCUGCGAUGGCCACUGUCAUUCCUGGUGAUUUGUCAGAAGUAAGAGAUACCCAGAAAGUCCCUUCAGGGAAACGUAAGCGUGGUGAAACCAAACCAAGAAAAAACUUUCCUUGCCAACUGUGUGACAAGGCCUUUAACAGUGUUGAGAAAUUAAAGGUUCACUCCUACUCUCACACAGGAGAGAGGCCCUACAAGUGCAUACAACAAGACUGCACGAAAGCCUUUGUUUCUAAGUACAAAUUACAAAGGCACAUGGCUACCCACUCUCCUGAGAAAACCCACAAGUGUAAUUAUUGCGAGAAGAUGUUUCACCGGAAGGAUCACCUGAAGAACCACCUGCACACACACGACCCCAACAAAGAGACGUUCAAGUGCGAAGAGUGCGGCAAGAACUACAACACCAAGCUCGGCUUCAAGCGGCACCUGGCCCUGCACGCGGCCACGAGCGGCGACCUCACCUGCAAGGUCUGCCUGCAGACGUUCGAGAGCACGGGUGUGCUGCUGGAGCACCUGAAGUCCCACGCGGGCAAGUCGUCGAGCGGCGUCAAGGAGAAGAAGCACCAGUGCGAGCACUGCGACCGGCGCUUCUACACCCGCAAGGACGUGCGCAGGCACAUGGUGGUGCACACGGGCCGCAAGGACUUCCUGUGCCAGUACUGCGCGCAGAGGUUUGGGCGCAAGGACCACCUGACGCGGCACAUGAAGAAGAGUCACAAUCAGGAGCUCCUGAAGGUCAAGACGGAGCCCGUGGACUUCCUGGACCCCUUCACCUGCAACGUCUCCGUGCCCAUCAAAGACGAGCUCCUCCCGGUCAUGUCCCUGCCCUCCAGCGAACUGCUGUCCAAGCCCUUCCCCAACACGCUGCAGCUGAACCUCUACAACACUCCGUUCCAGCCCAUGCAGAGCUCGGGGUCGGCGCACCAGAUGAUCACCACUCUGCCGCUGGGCAUGACGUGCCCGCUGGACAUGGACGCUGUCCACCCCUCCCACCACCUGUCCUUCAAAUACCCGUUCGGUUCUACCUCAUACGCCAUCUCUAUUCCCGAGAAAGAACAGCCGCUGAAGGGGGAGAUCGAGAGCUAUCUGAUGGAGCUGCAGGGCGGCGCGCCCUCGUCCUCGCAGGACUCUCCAGCGUCGUCGUCUAAGCUCGGGCUGGAGCCCCCGCUGGGGGCCCUGGAUGACGGCGCGGGGGACCUCGCCCUGUCCAAAAGCUCCAUUUCUAUCAGCGACCCCCUGAACACCCCGGCCUUGGACUUCUCCCAGUUGUUUAAUUUCAUCCCGCUAAACGGCCCUCCCUAUAACCCGCUGUCGGUGGGGAGCCUGGGCAUGAGCUACGCCCAGGAGGAAGCGCAUUCUUCCGUGUCUCAGCUCCCCGCGCCUGCGCAGGACCUCCAGGAUCCUGCCAACCCCAUAGGGCUCAGCUCUCUACACUCGCUGUCGGCGGCUUUCACCAGUAGUCUGAGCACAAGCACCACCCUGCCACGUUUCCAUCAAGCGUUUCAGUAGGAUCCCAAGACGUGGAUCUGCGACAGAAAUGUAUGUCCACCCCUGCCUUAGGUGACCGUUUUCAUUUUAGUGCCUACUUUAAGACGGUAUACAAAUGUCUGCUUCAGUAUAGUACCAACUUCCAUUAAGCCAGUAUAAAAGAGAAACUAGCUUUUUAAAUGAGCUUUGGAACCGUUCGUGUUCAGUUAUGUUUACCUGGGUAUUUUGUCCUGAUUCACUGCCAAUUGUCAGCUCUGAAGAUGAUUUCUCUCCUAGGAAAGCCAUCAAGAGUAGUAAAGUCUUACAGAGUCGGUGUUCAGCUUCCUUGUAGAUCUCAAAAGUUUCAUUUUUGUCCGAGAACAAUGGCUCUACCUUUUGACCUUCGGCUCAUCACAAAAUUUGGCAGUAGAAUGUGAAUUUUCUAAAAUGUGUGUGAAUAACCUAAGAGUUCUUCAAUUUUUAAUAAUCAGAUGCUUCAAAUGCAUUAAGAAUCCGGUCUGGGGACAUAACCUAUGUUUCUUAGCUACAUCCUAAUUUCGGGUCAGUAUAUUUUGAAGACUUACUAUUGUCCGGCUCACACAUCUGCCGUCUCUCAUGCACAUAUAAGGAGAACAAAACCUAAACACAAAGCGUCAGUAUUUCUGGCAAAAAGAAACUAAGUACGGUGACACGGCAUUCCAUGUUACCCAGUACUUGGUCUGAGAUUAGUAUGCAGGAUAUUUUGUCACGUUUUAGACUCUUUGCUCUCUUUCCGCUUGAAAAUACCAAUGAUGCACGGCCCCCGAGUCUUCAGGCAGUCUGUAGUUAGAGCUCUUCGUCUUGUCCGUCUUUCAAGGCCAGAGGGUGGGUCCAGCGCAGCCAGCAGUUCCCCUGGGAUUGUCAGCCCACAGUUGGUCCAGGAUCCAGAGCCCUUGGGGAGUGUAGGUGUGUUUGUCCUGGGGGUUGGGGGCUGGGGGUGGCGGUGGGGGGGCUGUCUCCACCUCUAGGGUGAGAGACCCCAACCCAGAGAUGGGUGUGAGGCCUGCGGCCCUGCCUGGAACUUGUCCUGGGGUCACGUCGCCUGUCACCAGAGUGGACACAAGACUGCUUAGGGGUCGGGGGAAAGCAUAUCGCUUGCUGAAUUCAAUACAGUUUUCUCACCCUCAGAGCUUAAAGCAGAAAACACAACAGUCCUGCUCCCACACUAUUCCUCUUAUUCAGUGUUAAUCCAUCCCCUUUCCUUGCUAGUUUCAGACGGAGACUUUAAAGUUAAAUGCAUUUGAAAACUAUUUGAGGAAUGACCACAAAGUUUCAAGCGACUAAAAAUAUAUACAGUAAAACCCCACUUUUACACGUCUCUGGGAAACAGGAGGAACGUUGCAAAGAAACUUUGCAAAAAAAUGUUGAAUUUGUGGGGGGAGGGGGGAGUAAAGCAGAACAAGCACCAUCUUAGUUAAUGUGAAAACAACAAUUGAGAACACAGUGUUCAGCGAAUGCAGCAGUUAUUGCGCGCUUUCCUCCUGUUAGACAACAAGCCUCUCUUCUCAAAGGUCAGAUUAGUAUUCUUUUUGUUUUUUCUAAUAAUCGGUUGUGGUAUCAACCAUGAAACAUAUCUGCUAAGCACUUGUUAACACCUUAUUUGGGGACCCUGUCUGUUGGGGUGGGUGUAAGGGGGGGGUUAUAGAAGAAUAUAUAUCUCUUAAAAAAAAAGAGAGAGAGAGAAAACUAUUUCUGAGCACUCAUUAGCCCUAGAUGGAAGCUUUUAUAGGGUCAGUUUUCACUGCAGAUUUGAUGUUUACCAAGAAUUUCUAAAAAUGAGUGCAGAUUACUGAAUAUAAUGCAUUAUUUAAAAUAUUGGGGAAGUAGUAUAAUUUGUGGAGAAAUGUAAAUUGUAAUAAUGUAAAUGGGGUUUCACUAUAUAUAUGAAUAUAUUAUACACACACGUAUCGCACUUCAUAGAAUCAGAGUUGCUCUCUUAAGGAGCGUUGGCUCCUGAUCUUUUAUCAUGCUCCUAUCUUUUUUUUAAUCCUGGGAGCAGUAGUUUUUUGUACGUAUGUAUUUAAAUUUUAUUAUUAAAAGUUACAUUUUAUUAAAAAAAAUGUGUUCCAAAGGCAUUAAAAUUAUAUAUGUUAAUAAGGAAAUACAUUUAAAAUUUUUUCAAACUGCUCCUAAGCUUUUGAUUAGGAGACUCUUUGCUCUGAAAGUAGGCUUCUAGCACUGCUUUAUUACUGCUUCCUUUAGUUUCUAUGAAACAGAUUGCUUACUUAAAUCAUUAGUUGAAUGAUUAGUGUUCAGUAUUGCUUUAAUCACCAUGGGGGGGGGAGAGGAAAAAGAAAAGUGGUGACAGAGCACAAAUAAAUAGAAAAACCUAUUUUUUAAAUAGAAAUCACAAAUACGAGUGUGGAAGCCCUACUUUAUUUUGUCUAAAAUUUGCUUAAAGAGAAGUCCAAUUAAUGAACUGAGACAUUGGCCUUAGUAGGCUGUAUUUCACUGCUAAUAAAACAUUUAAAAGGGAGUACCAGGAUUUAUUAACUAAAGCAUUUUGGAAACGGGGAAUGGCGCCAUGCAGGUAUAUCUACUUUGAGCCUCAUUCUCACCCUGUGUGGAUUUCAGAUACACGAAAACACGUCUUCCAGGGCACCAGUGCUGAAAUCGUGGACUCUUCACUUGCAUAUGUACACACCCCCUUGCCUGUUGCUGCGCACAGACUCGAAAUAACACUUCCAAGGAAGAGGAAAGUCAGCUAAGACAUUUUUUAAAUUGACCGCAGUGGUCACUAAACCCUUUUUGAGAGAAUCUCUGUUAAACAUGAGGCAGACUCAUUUAUCUUAAUUGCACAAUGGUCUGACAAGGCUGUAACACCAAACCGGCUUUUUUUUUUUUUUUUUUCCCCUCCUAGAAAAACAGUUGAUGCUUAUUUUUAUGUCAACUGGAUGUGGUUAAAAAUAAUUAUUGCCAAUGCUGUUUUCAUUCUCCAGUGGCCAGAAUCAUCAUCCUUGAAAUUUCUAGUAGUGCCUUUGCUUGGUUUAAAAAAAAAAAAAAAAAAAAAAAAAGGGAUUAUCAUUAAGUAAAGAUAUUUCAGUUUAGAAUUCGGACCUCAGACAAGAUAUUGAACCUCAUUCAGUUUGACCUUCCACAUGGUUGUACCAGUUAGAUCACCGGACACGGAAGCACGAACGUGGAAGGAUCUUGGCACCAUAAGCAAUACUCUGCUUUGACGUAAGGCAGAUACCAUCGUUACAGUUAUUGGUCACUGUUACCAAUUUGCAUUUUAAACUCCUCUUCACAAGGUUCUGCUUUCUAAAGCUUCAGUUGUCCUGGCUGAUCAUGCACCAACCACUCUGUGCAGCUUCUCCAUUUCACUUAGGGUUUCCUCCACGCUAUGUGUUUUUGCCUCUUUGUUGCUUGUGCUUUAUUAUUCUUAGUCACUUGUGGAAUAGAGUGAUAUAUUGUGUUAAUUUGGACAGUAGCGGUUUUUAAAAACCAUAUACUGACUGAAACAUGAGCCAGAGCUAAUUGCUUUAUUAAGCUAAUAAUGAAUGUUAAAAGAGUACAUAUUUUCAGGAUCAUUCAUCUAGUAAGCAAUACACAUAUAUAGGCCAAUAUUUUUUUAAAAAAAUAGAGCUUGGUCAACCUCUAUACUACACAUAUUACAAGAUAUAGCACUUUCAAAACGAAUCUAAACCUUUACAGAAACUUUCUUAUAGGUUAUGCCUUUUAUUUUAAGACUUAUUAUAAUUUGUUUCAAGUGCCAUUAGAUGAUAUAUAUGUAGGCCUUUGAUAUAUAAUGCUUUGUGUUUGAAAAUGGUAGAUGGUAUUUUAAACAGGUACAUUUUUACAGUGUUUUCUUAUCAAUUUGCUAUAUUGCACAGGAUCAGUGUGUGUCUUUUCAUAAGGUUUUACAAUGGUUUAUUUUUUUACAAGGUUUACGUGUCUCAAAACACACUGUCUUCCCAGUAUGUAAAUUAAAAAAAAAAAAACCAGUUCACCCAAGUUGCUUCUAGCCUACUGAGAUCCACGUGACGGAGAUCUUUUCAAUAUUGAGUCUUCUUCAUUAGCAAUGGCAGACUGUUAUCUCUGAGAAACGAGCGCCUACGUUGACCUCGUCUUAUUUUUCUCACAUGGCAUCAGCGUUGCAGCCACAACAUAGGGCAUCUGUUGCAAUUCCAUAGAUCCGCAGAGGUUGCGCUAUGUACUUCUGUGCUAAAACCCCACACAGAGCUCCUGUGCUAUCAUAUAAAGCAACAUCACAGUACCCAUGGCGGUAAAGGCACGCUUAGGUCACCCCCUGAUCCUUCUACAAGGUUUUCAUCCCCCUGAGGAUGGAAGGCAGUGUCUUUUGAUGAGUUAUCUAGCUUAGAAAUGACAGAACUAUUGCUAAUGUGUAACACCCUUCGUUGUAUAAGCUUCAGUGGUACCGAUGAACCAGAAUGAAUGUGUAUCUUCUCAGAAACCCUCCUUCAAUAUUCUGUUGGGUCAUGCUGCUAAUGUAACUUGGGACACAACUCUCCAUGGUGCUACAGACUCCUCUGUCUCGUUCAGUCAUAUUUUUUUUUAUCCAUAGGAAAAAAAGGACUCCAUUAGGGGUAAAGGUGUACAAUAUAUUUUUAUACUGUGACUUCACGUGUCCUUAACAGACUUUCACACCACCCACCACGACGUAUUCACGUGCACUUGCAAAAGGAGAUCUCGGAUGUGCAAAUGUCACCAGAACAAACCCAGCUUCUGUCCACAAGGUGACUGUACUUCAGAACACCCCGCGGGCUCUGUGAUAGGGUGUGGAGUGAAGAUCAUGCUGUGUGUGACUAACAGCCCUUUGCGUUUAACAAAAACUGGGAAUCCAUUCGGAAAUGGAUCGCAUCAGGCCUGACCAUAAGCUGGACUGCUGAGAUGGUAUUUUUAGCUGACAAAAAAGUGUUUGGACUAGUCCUCGAAGAAUGUUCUAAUGAUAAAAGUUUUGAGUCAAAAUAGAAAAACUCUGCAUUCCAGGCUGAACUUUGUAUAUUUUUAGUGCAUUUAAAAUCGCUCUUCUGUGAUAUUGAGAAAUUAAGUGGCUUAUCAUGUAUAUCAUGUACUUAAAAUGUAUUCACAAACUACUGUUGUAUUUGUAUAAAAUAUAGACAAAGAUGGUAUUUUUGUGUGUGGAUAAGCUCUGUAAAAUAGCAAUCACGUUAUGAAGCUGCAGUGAUACGACCUUUUAAACAUCCACAUCCAAAGAAGCAGGCUAUUUAUUGUCCACUUACCCAGAUAUAAAAUAUUAAUUUGCUGCUAAUUAAACAAUAGUACUGCAGCUUCUUGUGGCCUACAGUGUUAUGUUUGCUGUAAGAAAAAAAGAUAUGUGAAUUCCACAAAAUAUAUGAAUAAAAUUAUAGAAUGGCUUUAGAUAAUGCAGCUCUUCCUGAAAUUUUAAUAGAUGAUCCAUUUCUAUUUGGGAUAACUUUUUUUUUUCUUCCCUUUGAGUUUUACAUAUUUUCUCAUCUGGUAAAUACAAAGUUCGAAUAGCUGGCUCCAGGACAAUACUUUGUGGUUGAAAUGUAAAGUUCUAGGGUUGGUUUCUUUGGUUUUGUUUGAAAACUCUUGUACCUUUUAAAGGAAGGAUAGAAAUUGUAAAUAAAAAAGUCAAAACA